CAAGCACUUUUAGCGUCGAAUCUCUUUGAUGCAUCACAAUCGCGUCUUAUCCAUGAAAACAAAAGUCAACUGCUUCUACUCGCUAUAUUUUGUUUGCUAAAUAGCAUCUCUGUGAUUACCAGCUCAGUUCGGGCUAGUCAUAGAAUGAGGCUACUGUGAACCCAUUCUGAAUCGCGUCAAAAAUGAACGAAGGAACACUUGCCACGGCUACACAUCCUCGCGAGCAAUCGGAUUCAUUUGGAAGAUUCAGAACCCCCGAGAUUCGCCCUUCGGAGCCAUGGACUGAGCAAAAACACAACUUUCAGGACGACGUUAACGAAAAUGAUGACGAGAAACACGACAAGGACGAACACAAUGAGGACGAAGACGAAGAGCCCGUUGAUCCCUCGGUCAAAGAGGAUAUGAAAAGGCUGGAAGACACUUUUGCAGGUAUAUCGAAGAGAUAUCGCCUGAUCAAUAGGAUUGGUGAAGGGACAUUUUCGACGGUGUACAAAGCAGAGGAUAUACUAUACGAUCACUACCAGAACGAUUGGAACACCGAAGACGACCCCGAAGAAAACAAUUGGCAAAUCCCACCCCCCAAAAAACGCCGUCUCGGUGACAAUGUUACGGAAGACUUAUCGAGCAAUGGGAAGAAGAAAAAGAAACCGCGAUAUGUCGCGUUGAAAAAGAUAUAUGUGACAAGUAGUCCGCUUCGAAUCCAAAACGAAUUGGAACUAUUACAUGAUCUACGAGGAAGCACGUCUGUCUGUCCACUCAUUACGGCUUUCAGACAUCAAGACCAAGUCGUGGCUGUUCUUCCUUAUUUUCCUCAUACAGAUUUCCGCAUCCAAUACCGAACGUUCAUGGUACGCGAUAUGCGCCAUUACUUUCAGUCGUUGUUUACUGCGCUGGCUUUUGUUCAUAAGCAUGGCAUCCUGCAUCGCGAUAUAAAACCUACUAACUUCCUUUAUAACCCUGAGCUACGGCGGGGAGUCUUGGUAGACUUCGGUCUAGCUGAGCGUCAAGGAUCCGACUAUACCGGACCUUGCUUAUGCACGAAUCCUGCUCAAGUGCGUCAGUUAAGACUCCAAUCCAGCUACUACACAAACCAGUCUGCACAUCAACAGAGUGGCUAUCCUAAAAACGACCCUCGGCCUGCUCGACGCGCAAAUCGAGCCGGCACGCGUGGAUUCCGAGCCCCAGAAGUAUUGUUUAAGUGCACUUCACAAACCACCAAGAUAGAUAUGUGGUCAGCCGGAGUGAUCCUUCUCACACUGCUGGGUCGUCGAUUCCCAUUCUUCAACUCUGCCGAUGACGUUGAAGCUCUAAUCGAGAUGGCAAGUAUAUUCGGCAACCGGCGCAUGAAAUACGCAGCUGCGCUACAUGGCCAAAUCUUCGAAACCAACAUUCCUACAAUAGGCGAAAAGGGAUAUGGGUGGGAGAAACUGGUGAUUUGGUCCAGCUGCGUGGAGGAUUUGACUGAAAGUGAACAGCAGGGGAUCAAGCUGCUUGCGGGAUUGAUGGAAUUGAACCCUAAUAAACGACUCAGUGCAAAAGAGGCAUUGCAGCAUGAGUUCUUCACAAAACCGGUGGAACAUGAUGUUGAGUGGGGAGGCGAGCUUUUGGACGAAGAAGGUGAAUCUGCGGCGGAGGAGCAGCCACACGAGGAUGCCAAAGAUGAGGUGGAUAUACUCAAAUAAAGUGUAAACAAACCCAUGUCCAGCAUGAAUACGAGGCGCCAUCAAUGGUAAUGUACUCCGUCCG